AUGGUCACUGCUAGGAUGAUAUCACUGCUGCUGCUGCUGCUGCUGCUUAUGCCUGAGGCUGUCUGUGGGACUCAGGCAGGGAAAUGCUCUGUGAAUCUGAUGCGGCUUCGAAACGAGCCAGUGAAUUAUUACAGGGCAGGGGACCAUCUCAUUUGUGGGAUCAUCUCACCAAAAACUGCUGUAUUUAAACCAUACAACUUCUCUCGGCCCCCAUUAACCGUGAUUACCGAGUAAGUAACUAUAAGCCACUUGAUUGCUGGAAAGAAACAUCAACUACUGUAAUUCGCUCUAUGUGAGGAAGCCCUUGAAACUGUCCCAGAAACACCAGUGGGUGCAGAAUGCUGCAGCAAGGCUCCUCACGGGGUCUCUGCCAUGGCAGCAUAUUCACCCAGUGCUUUACCAGUUGCACUGGCUCCCGGUGGAGUAUUGGGUCAGGUUUAAGGUGCUGGUUUUGACCUUUAAAGCCCUUUGUGGCUUAGGGCCCUCGUAUUUAUGGGACCGCCUCUCCUGGUAUGUCCCGCAGAGGACCUUAAGGUCCAUGAAUAAUCAUAGUUUAGAGGUCCCAGGCCCUAAGGAAGUCAGAUUAUUUUCCACCAGGGCCAGGGCCUUCUCAGUGAUGGCUCUAACCUAGUGGAGACCAGGGCCCUGCAGGAUUUAGCUUCCUUCCACAGGGCCUGUAAGGCAGAGCUAUUCCGCAUGGCUUUCAAUCUGAACUUAGCCUGAUCUUUUAUUCCCCUUCCUUUUCCUCUCUCCCCCUCACCUUUUUAUAAAGAUUACCCGCUCUGGGAUCCCACAGCUAAUUCUCUCCUGGUCUCCUCACUGGCCCAAAUAGGACUAAUUUAGCCAGCUAGCCCUGGUGAUCAUCUAAUGUUUGUUGGAUGGAUUUCCCCCUAAAUUGAUUUUUGAAUUCUGAAUUUAUUGUUAUUCACGUUUUAUACUGUAUUUUAUGCUGUUUUUGUUGUUGUAUCAAUUAAGUGUUUUAAAUUUGUUGUUAGCUGCCCUGAGCCCAGUUUUCUGAACCAAGAAGUUGGGGUAUAAAUAAAUUAUUAUUAUUAUUAUUAUUAUUAUUAUUAUUAUUAUAUCAGUUAGCUGUUAAUAACUUUCAUGAGUUAGUCUCCCAGAUGUGGCUCACCUUGUGUAUUGAGAGUGAGGAGACAGUGGUUCUCUCAAAGAGAUUUUUUUUAUAAUGAUAUAUGCAACCUUGAUCCUAGCAAUCUAUACUCUGCUAAGGCAAAGGCAGUGCAGACUGAAGAUUUCUUCUUUGGUUGCCAAGCAUAAACCCACCACAUCCUUAAGACAUCCCCCUCACUGCUGUGGCUGUCAGCGAAUUUCACUGCCAGAAGGGAGAUGCAGGGAAAUGGCUCAAGAAGUCUUUAAGGCCUUCUGGUGGUCUGUUUCCAUGGCGGUCUCAACCUGUGGGUCCCCAGAUGUCGUUGGACUACAACUCCCAUCAUUCCCGAGCUCUGGCCUUGCUAGCUAGGGGUGAUGGGAGUUGUAGUUCAACAACGUCUGGGGACCCACAGGUUGAGAAAGGCUGAGCUAAGGACUCCAUUGCCCAUAACUAAGGGUGAAAGUUACAUUACUCUAUGGUCAGCCACUUAGAAGUAAGUCCCAAUAAGCAAAAUGGAUAUCACUCCCAGUUAAGUGGAACCUGGCAAAUCCAUAACAUCCUUUGAUCAGCUUCCAAGCAUAUCGCAAACUUCUGAAAUAUAUUUGGUUCUGUUCUUUGAAGGCUGCGGACCUUCUAUCCCAAACUAUAAAUUCUACAAUGUUUUAAGGAAGUGGCAAAAUAAUAUCCAACUUGCAACCAGGGUCUGUAUCUGUCCCCCAAUAAAAACAUAGGAAUAAUUAUUUGAGGAUGCACUGUUUCGAAGCGUAUGGUACCUGGAAAGGCUUCCGAUUUAUAAAAAGAAAGAAUUUGGCAUCCUUCCCAUCCCCCACCCACAAUGACUGGAGAACGGCAGCCUGUCACAACUGCUGUAUUUAAUGUUUUGCAGUAUCUCAGAACAGAAGUACUGGCACAUCCUGUCUUUCUUGCUUGCUGUUCAGGAGUUUAAUCUGGAUCCUUCACUUUUACCCAACACCACUUUGGGCUACAACCUCUUUGAAACCUAUUUCGAUGGCAGAGUGGUUUCGAAUGCAAUGCUGGACGGGCAUUCUGGUGGGGGAAUGAAUAUUCCAAACUACAACUGUGGAAGACGCAAGAACCUCUUGGCUGUUAUUGAAGGGGCUGGAUCGGACAUUUCUACCCAUGUUUCUUGCAUGUCGGGCAUCUUCAAAAUCCCACAGGUAGGGACUGGGAUAGUCACCAGUCAGGGAAGCUACAGUGGUGGAUUUCCUGCAUUAGAGGGACCUCUGAGCUCCCCUUCCACUCUAGCACUCUCCGUUUUUUUGAAGGAUUCUCUUAAAAUUAUUUAUAAUAGCCUGAGGUGUCCUAAGAACAUGAGAAACACCCUGAAGCUGGUUCAGCCUAUAAGUCAGUCUAGUCUAGCAUCCCAUUUUCAGCCGAACAGAAACCACUUCUGGGAAGUCUGCAAGUGCGGUCUGAAUGAAAAGCCACUCUUACAACUUUUGAUUCCCAACAACUGGCUUUCAAGACCAUGGUGCCUUCAACAGUGGAGGAAGAACAUGGUCCUUGCGGCUAGUAAUCAUUGAUAGCCUCCUCCUUGUCUAGUCAGUCCCUUUUUUGCUUGUUAUUAACAUAUAUCUGAUAUUCUUCCUUUCCUUGCUAGCUCAGUUAUGGUUUUGCUCUUACUGAUAAAACUCAGUUCCCUUUUGCCUACCAAAUGGUUCCCAAAGAAGAAAUUCAGUACCGGGGGAUUGUCAAGUUGCUCCUGCAUUUCGGAUGGACAUGGAUCGGCCUCUUUGCUCCAGACAAUGACAGUGGAGAAAGGUUCUUAAGUUCCUUAACACCUAUGAUGAUCAGCAGUGGAAUCUGUGUUGCCUUCUCAGAAAAAAUACAACAAAGGACUCUGUACCAGAUUUCAAUACUGAGGAAGCCACCUGUUAUGUGGAGAAAAGUCAAUGUCUCUGUCUACUAUGGGGAUGCUUCCAAUCGAUUUGACCCAAUCAUCAUGGUACAAAGGAUACUUGAAAGGGUACAAAUUUGGGGAAAGUCUGGAUCACAACAGCUUUUCAGGACAUCAACAUAA